UGUAAAUCAGCCUUGAAAAAUAACAUUGUCACCAAGAAGGAUGAAUAUAAUCGCAUCAAUCAGGACCAAUUGGGCACAGCCCUUUUUGCAUUUGGGAAAGCAUUCUCAAAUCUUCUCAAACCCGAGAUACAGAACACUCUCACCCUCGAAGCUCGGCAGGCGGUCACCACAUUCAGUGAGGGCACAAAGAUCCACAGCAGAUGCUACUUCGGCAGGCGAAUUUUUGUUUGGCUCCUCGUUCGGAGAAAAAAUUAAAAAAGCAACCUCGAUGGAGAAAGCCGCCAAGGAGAUUGUAAACACACCUUUGGCAAUCUCAAGAAGGGUACAACAACCUAUCAAAGCGCCGGCCCGUCCAAAGUCCUCCAGGUCGGAAAACUUUCGCGCCCUUGUCUCGAAAGCGAGAUCGGCACCAGCGAAGAGAACAGGGGCCUCGAGCAGCAGCCGCCGAUCAGCUUAUCACCAAUGCUCACAUUUCAGGAGACGCUAAGCGACUCACAGGUAAAUAUAGCCGGCAGACUAUCCUAUUUUCUUAGUAAAUGGAGAGAAAUCACCUCAGAUCCAAGGAUUUUGCAAGCUAUCACCGGUUAUAAGUUACCUUUUACAUCUCACGCGCCUCGUCAGUUUAUCGAGCCUUCAACGCAUUUCUCGGCAGGAGAGGAGCAGAUCUGUCACCAAGAAAUUACCAACCUCUACAACAAGGGAGCAAUUGAACCCGUUCUAGACUGUG